AUGUGGAGCCUUCAAAACCAGCUGUUCACCCUGUGUAUUGUUCUGAGUCAUGUCACCAGUGCAGCAGGGUUGAUCCAUGUGUCUGGAUAUGAAGGGAGAGAAGCUAAAGUUUCUUGCCGCUAUGGACAGGGAUAUGAGUCUUAUGAAAAAUACCUGUGCAGGAAUGACUGUGGUGACGCUGAUGUUCUGAUUACGACCACAAAAGGAACGAAAAGCAGAUACUCCAUCUCUGAUGACAAAAGUAAUAAAGUCUUCACAACAAUAAUUUCUGAUCUCAGUUCUACGGAUGCAGGGAAAUAUUGGUGUGGGGUGACCAGGACUGGAAAGGAUAUCUACACUGAAGUAAAGCUGGAUGUAAAACCAGACCACUGCUGUGAACAUUUCACCAAAGUCCAAGAUUAUGAGGACAGUUCAGUGUCCGUCAGUUGUCCAUACGAGUCUGAGGACAGGGACAACCUGAAGUACAUCUGCAGAGGAAACAAGCCCUCCACAUGUCUGCAGGAGGCAGUAGUCACCUCUAACAUCAAACAAAAUGGACAGUUCAGCCUUAAUGAGGACAAAACUUCGAGGAAGUUUACAGUGACCAUUACAAGUUUGACCCAAAAGGAUUCUGGGAUGUACCUUUGUGGUGUCCAUAGAAACACCGGCCUGGAUGUCUUCUCUGGUGUUAAUCUAGAGGUCAAAGAGUGGUGCUGUGUGAAAUCCUAUAAUCGGAGUGGCAUUGUGGGACUCCCAGUAACCAUGGAGUGUUCCUAUCCACCGCAGCACAGGACAAACAUGAAGUUCCUCUGUAAGGGAGACCAACGUAAAAACUGUAGGGACAUGGUGACGAGUCAAAGCAGCUCUUACCAGACUGACCACAGGUUCACACUGCAAGAUGAUACUGCUUCCAUCUCAUUCCUGGUCACCAUUAAAGAGCUGAAAGCAAGUGAUGCUGGGACAUACUGGUGUGGUUCAGACCGACAGUGGAGUGCUGGUAACUACGCCAAGAUUCAACUGUCUGUAGAGUGGUUCUGUGUGAAAUCCUAUAAUCUGAGUGGCAUUGUGGGACUCCCAGUAACCAUGGAGUGUUCCUAUCCACCGCAGCACAGGACAAACAUGAAGUUCCUCUGUAAGGGAGACCACCGUAACAACUGCACAGACAUGGUGACGAGUCAAAGCAGCUCUGACCAGACUGACCACAGGUUCACACUGCAAGAUGAUGCUGCUUCCAGCUUGUUCUUGGUCACCAUUAAAGAGCUGAACUCAAGUGAUGCUGGGACAUACUGGUGUGGUUCAGACCGACAGUGGAGUGCUGGUAACUACACCAAGAUUCAACUGUCUGUAGACUUUCAACAGCAGACCAGCACUGUGGAACCAGUCGGAUCACAGGUCACACAAAUCUCUGGUGGACCUAUCAAAGGUGUGUGUACUUCUUAUAAUCACCUUCUGGAGGUAAAUAACGGUUCACACAGUCACAUUGUCCAUACAAGGUAA